ACAAUUUGACCAAUUAAAAUCCUAAAAAGAAAAGUUGAAAAUUGACUACUACUACCUUAAUUUUCUUGUUUCCGUGAAACAUACGCCAAGAAUAUUGGAGGGAAACAAAAAUACAAUACAGUUAACGUCUUAACGACCAUAUCAAAUCCAUGUUUUAUCAUAUCCCAGUCGUCACGGACUAAGCAAGUCUUCGUUACCACUUAAUAUUCAGACUAGUUUUUGUGGUAUCUUCCAAAACACAAUGACCCAUUCAACAGGGUAGACCUUCACUAUCAAGGAGACGACCGACGACGCUAAGUCCAUUACUGAGUGAAACUGAAGAUUAUAAAAGAGACAAAACUUGGAUACGAUUUAACAAACAAGAAGAGAGAAACAAAAAGAGAGUAAUAGAGAGAGUGAGAAUGGGUUUGGCAGAGAAGAAUCCUAACAAUCUUUGUUUUCUUUUGAUCAUAUCCAUACUUUUGAGCUGUUCUAUUUUAGUUUCCGCGACAAUCUCAGAAGCAAACGCUCUUCUGAAAUGGAAAUCUACUUUCACGAACCAGACAAGUUCGUCGAAGCUGGCGUCGUGGGUGACUAAUACUAGCUUUUGUACUAGAUGGUAUGGUGUUUCUUGUAAUACGCAAGGGAGUCUCGUAAGGUUAAACCUUACUGACACAGCUAUUGAAGGUACUUUUCAAGAGUUUCCUUUUUCUUCUCUCCCAAACCUUGCUUAUAUCGAUCUUAGCAUGAACCGUUUUUAUGGAACCAUCCCUCCCCAAUUUGGAUCCCUCUCUAAACUCAUCUACUUUGACCUCUCUAUAAACCAAUUAACCGGAGAAAUCCCACCAGAGCUUGGUAAUUUAAGAAACCUUGAAACCCUCCAUCUUGUUGAAAAUAAGUUAAAUGGGUCGAUUCCAUCUGAGAUCGGUCACUUAACUUCAGUUCAGGAGAUUGCCUUGUAUAGCAAUUUCUUGUCCGGACCUUUACCUACUUCCAUUGGAAACCUAACCAACUUGGUUUACUUGUACCUCUUUAACAACUCUCUCUAUGGUCCCCUUCCUUCUGUUAUUGGAAACUUAACCAAUCUUGUUGAGCUAUGCCUAGAUAGAAACAACCUGACUGGCCAAAUCCCUUCCACUUUUGGAAAGUUACAGAAAUUAACUCUUCUCAACUUGUUUGAAAACCAACUUUCCGGAAAAAUCCCCCCUGAGAUCGGUGACAUGGCCAGUCUAUAUUCCCUUAGCCUUCAUACAAAUAACCUUACUGAUUCAAUUCCUUCUUCCUUAGGAAAUCUCAAGAACCUAACCCUUCUUCAUCUUUACCAAAACCAACUAACUGGUGUCAUUCCCCCAGAACUAGGCAACAUGGAAUCCAUGAUUGAUUUAGAGAUAAGUAAUAACAAACUUACAGGUUCUAUUCCUGAUUCCUUUGGUAACUUUACCAAGUUGCAAAUAUUGUUCCUCCGUGAAAACAAGCUCUCUGGUCCAAUCCCACUAGGAGUUGCAAACUCUUCAGAGCUGACUGUCUUGCAACUCGACGGGAACAACUUCACUGGUUUCUUGCCUGAAACCAUUUGCAAAGGUGGCAAGCUUCAGAACCUCACAUUAGAUUAUAAUCACCUCGAAGGUCCUAUCCCAAAAAGCUUGAAGGAUUGCAAGAGCUUGACCAGAUUAAGAUUCGUAGGGAACAGAUUCACUGACGAUAUUUCUGAAGCUUUCGGGAUAUACCCACUUCUCAAUUUCAUUGAUCUAAGCCACAACAAUUUCCAUGGUGAGAUUUCAGGCAACUGGGCGAAGAGCCCAAACCUAGUUGCAUUCAUCAUGUCAAACAACAACCUCACAGGUGCUAUCCCCACUGAGAUUUGGAACAUGAUACAACUGGGUGAGCUAGAUCUAUCUAUCAACAACCUCACUAGUGAAAUUCCAGAAGCAAUUGGACAUCUCACGAAUUUGUCAAGGCUACGACUUAAUGGGAAUCAGUUUUCUGGAAGAGUUCCUGAAAGUUUAAGUUUCUUGACCAACCUUGAGUCUCUGGAUUUAUCGUCAAACAGAUUCAACUCUCAGAUACCACAAAACUUUGACUCCUUUAGUAAGCUCUUUGACAUGGACCUGAGCAGAAACCAGUUUGAUGGACGCAUCCCUAGACUAACAAAGCUGACUCAGUUAACACAUCUUGAUCUUAGCCACAACCAGCUCGACGGCGAAAUCCCAUCACAACUGAGCUCCUUCGAGAAGCUGGUGAAGCUCGACCUCUCACACAACAAUCUCUCAGGUCUCGUUCCAACAAGUUUUGAGGGCAUGAAAGAGCUAAUAUACAUCGAUAUAUCAAACAAUAACCUCGACGGUCCACUUCCAGACAACCCAGCGUUUCGAAACGCAACCGCAGAUGCAUUAGAAGGAAACAGAGGCUUAUGCAGUAAUGUUCCAAAACAAAAGUUGAAGCCAUGCCCCAUCACUUCCAAUGGGUUCAAGAAACCGAAGGAGAAAGGCAACGUUGUUGUGUGGAUUCUAGUGCCGAUCCUAGGAGCACUCCUCAUUCUCUCUAUAUGCGCCGGGACAUUUGCCUACUAUCUACGCAAACGAAAACAAAUCAAUGGAAACAACAACUUGGAUGCUGAAACUGGAGAGAACUUGUCCAUCUUUAGCUAUGAUGGCAAAGUCAAAUACCAAGAGAUCAUAAACUCAACCAAAGAAUUCGAUCCAAAAUACCUAAUCGGAACCGGAGGAUACGGCAAAGUAUACAAAGCAAACCUCCCAGGCGCAACCGUAGCAGUGAAAAAGCUACACCAAACAAUGAACGAAGAGAUAUCAAAGCCAGUGGUGAAGCAAGAGUUCCUAAACGAAGUAAGAGCCUUAACAGAGAUCCGUCACCGCAACGUGGUGAAGCUCUUCGGCUUCUGCUCUCACCGCCGCCACACUUUCCUGAUCUACGAGUACAUGGAAAAAGGAAGUUUAAACAAACUGUUAGCUGAUGACAAAGAAGCGAAACGACUCAAUUGGACCAAAAGGAUCAAUAUAGUGAAAGGUGUGGCGUACGCGUUAUCGUAUAUGCACCAUGACAGAUCAACUCCGAUCGUCCACCGUGAUAUUAGCAGCGGCAACAUCCUUCUCGAUAACGAUUACAAAGCUAAGAUCUCCGAUUUCGGUACAGCGAAGCUUCUCAAGAUGGAUUCCUCAAAUUGGUCCGCCGUCGCCGGAACCUAUGGCUAUGUCGCUCCAGAAUUGGCUUACGCGAUGAAGGUGACGGAGAAAUGCGAUGUGUAUAGCUUCGGAGUAUUGACGCUGGAAGUGAUAAAGGGGAAACAUCCGGGAGAUUUGGUUUCGGCUUUGUCAUCGUCGUCUCCGGGAGAAACUCCGUCGCUGAGAAGCAUUUCCGAUGAGCGUUUAGGAGAACCAGAGGCGAAGAUUAGAGAGAAGUUAGUGAAGAUGGUGGAAAUGGCGUUGUCGUGCUUACAAGCAGAUCCAAUGUCUCGGCCAACAAUGUUGUCAAUUUCAACGGCAUUCACCUAAAAACUUAUAAUAUAA